AUGCGCCGGCGCCGGUGCGGCCAUUACACGGUGCGCACGGCCGGCGACACGGCAAACACGGGGCCUGAGCCAGGCUGUGUGGGCACAGGAGUUGCAGAACUCGCCGGUCCAAAGUCAACAACAGCCAAAACCUGCACGGACGCCGCGGCCAAGGCGUUCAAGCGCCGUCUCUGCCUCGGCCCGCAACUUCCACACGACCUCGACCAGCGCUAG